CCCAGGACUGGUGGAGACCACGCUGACCGGACACCCACUGGGGUCCGUGACCCCGCCAACAUCCCCAGGAACCAUGCUUGUCACAACUGCGAAGGAGUUGAAAGUCAGCAUUAGAACUAGCUCCCCUCCUCCAGAGGCCACAAAGACUGAAGCUGGAUCCAGCUCUGCCGGAGGAGACCUGGGAUUACCCGACGCAAAGACAGGACCAGCGGAGGGCCAACGAACGAGGAUGACCACUGCCAGGGCAACCGAAGACAGAGUAGCGACGGAAUCCAUUACGAGCACAACUCAAAGCCUGAGGGUUAACGUCCCGAUAACAGAGGCGCCGAAGGAGGAGGACGAGGACGAGGAGGACGAGGAGGAGGAUAAGGAAGGUGCGGAAAGACAAACGACUCCAGCGGACGUUUCCACGACCUCGGCCAAGCUGUUGACGGCGUCCCAGUUUCCGACUACAGGUGGUCCGCCGACCGCUCGGCGUAUUCCCGUACACACCGAGGAGUGGCUGUCCGGCCCGGCGGACGGCGGCGUCACCCUUCUCCCGGACUGCAAUAAAGAGCGCUCGGGUAUCUGCAACUUCUCGGAGACCUGGGAGUCCACGACCCGCUCGGACGUCCCUCUGACUCAAAACGCCACCGACGCCAACCAAUCACUCAACCCCUUCCUGACCCCAGCUCCGGCCAUGCUGGUGCCGCUGUACACCGACUGGAACAGCGCCAUAGCCACCUGGGGCCUGGCCUGGGAGGUGCACGUGUACGGCGUCGGCUGCGUCUUCACCGUGGUGACCCUGGCGUCUGCGCUCAACCUGCUGUGUUUGCCGCUGCGCUGCCCGUCCGGAUGCGGCUACUUCGCCCUGGUCAGCCUGUUCCUGCUGGCCGCAGGCUGCACGAGGGCUUUCGCUCUCCUCUACGACGCCUACGGCCACCAGGACCGCCUGGCCUCCGCAGAGGCCUCGCUGCUGCUGUAUGAGGCGCCGUUCCCCUGUCUGACGUCAGCCUUCGGCCUCGUUUUCCUCCUGCUCUCCAUGCGCUCCCGAAUGCAGCUCUCCUACUCGGCGUUCCAGCGGCCGUGCUUCCUGGCUUGUUUGCUUGUCCUGCACUUCGCGGCUGCCUUCGGCCCACUCGCCUUCGUGAAGUUCUACCAGCGAAAGGCCCCCCUUUGCCUCUUCCUCUCCCUCGUCUCCCGCGGCGCGUUCGUGGCCCUGGCCACCUUUCUGUCCGCGGCCUACUUCGUCUUCUACAUCUACGUGCGUGCGGACUCGAAGCACAUCUACCACCUGAACAACACGUCUCCGACGCCCGCCGAGCGGUACAACCGCUGCCCCUUUGCGGAGAGCCGGGACUGGGACCGCGCCGCUGUGACCGUCUGUCUCUCUGCACUGUUCUCUCUAGCCUGCGCCGGACUGCAGUUGUAUGCAAUGCUCAACGCCAUGGGGAUCGCGGGGGGAGAGGAGGUCUUCCGCCCCUGGCCGUGGUGGGCGUUCCAGUUCAGCUGCAGAGUAUGCGAGCUUGGGGUUUGCCUCACCUUGGCCUUGGUGGUUGCGCAACCCGUCUACUGCUCGGACCAUCUCCCAGCUGCUGGGAGCUGCUGGACCGAACUCUUGGCAGCCAAGUCCCCCAUGCUGCCCGGGAGCUACCAGUGGACGCUCAGCCAGCAGGAGAAGCUCGCCAUUGUGGACACGGUCGGACUCAGAGAGACCGAGAGCCUUCCCCUCUACACUCUGAUGGAUGAGAGACUUGGUAGUAGUCUGAAUGGCCUGGACCUCCUCUACCACAGCAACAGGGCCUUAGCCUACAGAGAUCUGGACAUCGAUUUGGACCUCCCUGGUUCAGGUUUGGAAAAACCUGAUGGGUGUGGCGGAGCAAUAUCUGGUGGAUCCUCUUACACUAGCGACUCGACCGCGGACCUGCGGCCACCUUCACCCAUUAACCUACGCCGCAGUAUAGACGAGGCGCUCCUCAGCGAGGCCCUCUUCCCGAUGAGUCUUUUCAGCACAUUGAGGCCGGUUCGUUGCAGCGAUCUAUCCAUAAGCAGUCACAGUGCGCUUCCCAACGGCGGCCAGGCUCUCAGCGAUCCACUCUCAGCUGACCCCGGCCUAUAUCGGACCUCAUCCUGCGUGGAGAUGGCCUCCGAACCCCAACCCCACUUUGUCCCCCCUCAGCCUCAAGGGGACACCAUUCAGGGUGCCCCACCAUCACCUGCCCCGACCUCAUCCUCUUCCAGCUGUUCGUCCCCCGAACAUUGGAGAGAUAGCUCUUCCUCCUGCUCACUGUACAGACCCUCAGUUGGGGGGUCAUCGCUGGUGCUGUGCCCCAGCCCAGAGAGCCACGCUAACCCAUUUCCAAAAGAGGAGGCCUCAUCCUGCCACGUGGCACCUGCAGACCCGCAAAGACAAUAUCACACACUGGGGUCAGCGUCGCAAGAGAGCUUGGACCUGGAGGUGUCGUCUAAGACAGAUCAGUCGGUGCAGGACGAGUUCAUCAGUGUUUGCAGACAAAUCGAUGCUUUGAGUAUCUGUAGUGAAACGAUUGAUUUGUAAAGGACACCCGGAUCCCUAAAGGGCUUGUGGGAGGACAAUAAGGAAAGGUGUCUGACUGGUGAGAGAAGUUAGCGAUUAUUUUUUACAAUCCACUGGAUUGUGUACAGUAGCUUUUGCGCACACCAAGUCAGGCUAUGCGUUGCCAAAACUUAACAUUUUUUUCAGGAUUUGUCGAUAAGCUCUUAAAAGGUUGUCAUUUGUUGAUGUCUUAUGAGGGUCCAAGUGCCACGAAUGUCACAAGCCAAAAGGUAAUUUGUAAGUGACUUUUUCCAUGUUUGAUAAUGAGUGUUGAAAUUUGAUACGCUUAAAAAAACAACCAAGGUUUCGGUCUUUCAAGUAACAUUUUACUGAAGGGGAAAGAACUGGAAUUCAUUUGUAAAAAAAUGUUUUUAAUGCAUUC